AAAAUAUCAACUUCAGUAGUCUUCUUCUUCAUUGCUAUUGCUAUCUCUCACUCUCUGUUUUGUCCAAAAAUGGCCCUUCAAGCCGCUUCUUUGGUCUCCUCUGCUUUCUCUGUCCGAAAAGAUGUAAAACUGAAUGCUUCUUCAUCAUCAUCCUUCAAGGACUCGAGUCUCUUUGGUGCCUCCUUUGCCGAUCAGAUCAAAUCCGAACAUGGCUCUUCCUCGUUAAGAUUCAAGAGGAAUGUAGCGAUUAGAGCACAAACCGCCGCAACUUCAAGCCCUUCCAUCACAAAAUCUCCAGUAGACGGCAAGAAGACCUUGAGGAAAGGCAACGUGGUGGUCACGGGAGCUUCGUCAGGGUUAGGUCUAGCCACGGCCAAAGCCCUCGCCGAGACGGGGAAAUGGCACGUGAUAAUGGCGUGCAGGGACUUCCUCAAAGCGGAGAGAGCGGCCAAAUCCGCAGGGAUGCCUAAAGACAGCUACACGGUGAUGCAUCUAGACUUGGCUUCGUUAGACAGCGUGAGACAGUUCGUUGAUAGCUUCAGGAGAUCGGAGAUGCCUCUCGAUGUUUUGGUCUGCAACGCUGCUGUCUAUUUCCCGACAGCUAAAGAACCUACCUACAGUGCAGAAGGGUUUGAGCUUAGCGUUGCCACUAAUCAUUUGGGACAUUUUCUUCUCUCGAGGUUGUUGCUUGAUGACUUGAAGAAGUCUGAUUACCCUUCAAAGCGUCUCAUCAUUGUCGGAUCCAUUACAGGGAACACGAAUACAUUGGCUGGUAACGUACCACCGAAAGCUAACCUAGGCGACUUGAGAGGUUUAGCGGGUGGCUUGAACGGUUUGAACAGCUCGGCGAUGAUCGAUGGAGGAGAUUUCGACGGUGCAAAGGCUUACAAAGACAGCAAAGUGUGCAACAUGUUGACGAUGCAAGAGUUUCACAGGCGUUACCAUGAAGAAACUGGAAUCACAUUCGCCUCGCUUUACCCUGGUUGCAUCGCCUCCACAGGUUUAUUCAGAGAGCACAUCCCGCUUUUCCGUACCCUCUUCCCUCCGUUUCAGAAGUACAUCACCAAAGGAUACGUCUCCGAGACAGAGUCUGGCAAAAGACUUGCUCAGGUGGUGAGUGAUCCGAGUUUGACGAAAUCUGGGGUGUACUGGAGCUGGAACAAGGCUUCGGCUUCUUUUGAGAACCAGUUGUCAGAAGAAGCGAGUGAUGUUGAGAAGGCUCGUAAAGUUUGGGAGAUCAGUGAGAAGCUGGUUGGCUUGGCCUAAGACGACUUCAAAGUUCCUUUCUCUUGAUGAGACCACUCUGUUACCUACCAACUGAUGAGUCCUAGAGGGUGUUCGGGAAUUUUUAGAUUGUCUGAUAUUGUAACUGCGAAUUUUCAUUAGUGCAUGUUGAGUGUAGCUCUGUUUGGCGAAUAGCCCACAAUAAUGAAAUAAAAGUUGGUGUAUCUUAA